UACAGAUCCUUCCCUUAACCUUAUCUAUUGCCACACUUCCGUUACUACACACAUCUUACUCCCAGAGAGCAAGGAACUGUUAUGUCUAAUUCUACCACAGAAUAACCACCAGUUUGAAGCAAAUCUCCAGAUAAAAGAAGUUUCAGUCCACAGGAGAAGGAAGCUAGCAAAGCAGUGGACUCUGGAUUGAAGGUGCAACCAAGGAAAGAGAAAAAUCAGCAGGGCUUUGGCAAAUCUGCACUAUGAGCAACCCAGAGGCUGAGAAGUCAGCUUGUUUGAAUCAACCCCCUUAUUCGGGAUAUCCAAUGAACUCACCUGCUAAUCCACCACCCCCAGUGGGCUACGGGGCACCUCCUUCUAUGCCAACCCAGUACCAAGCUUAUGCCGGACCCCCUGGAGCCAUACCAGUCCAGCCUCAACAGACCAUCCUCCUCGCAAAUGUCCAACCUGCCCAAGAACCGGAUUAUCUGGGUUACUCUAUCUUCACCCUCCUUUGCUGCUGCCUCCCCUUGGGUAUUGCGGCCUUGAUUUUCUCUAUAAAGACUCAAACCGCCAAUCAUCAGGGAGACAUCACAGCUGCUCGGAAGAAUUCCAGGCUGGCACUCAUUUUAGAUCACACGGCACUUGGAAUAGGAAUUGCAUGCAUUGUUCUGAGCAUUAUCUUGGCCAUUGUUUUAGGCACUGCAGCUGCUGCUGUCGCCGCAAAUUCGUUCAAUCAGUUUAACUCUGGACAAUUCAACCCCUGAAGAUACCGUAAUAUCCUGAAUGACUUCCCUUCUUAAUAUACGGAAGAGAAGUCAGGAAUCAACGCUAUCCAAAGUGAAGUCAUAUUCUUUGAAUUAAUGUUGAUCUUGUAAGGUAAAACACUUGGUGUAGAAUCCAACCAUAGGCCUGUCUUUCAGACCUCCCAUGUUGCCGACUAGUUCACACAUGCUUGUUAGGAACCAACAAUAGAGAUAUUCCUCAUUUUUCACUGGAGCAAUCUCCCAUAAGACAUUAUCAUUAGAUAUAAGACCUAGAGUUGUCAUACAUCGGAAGUGAACAACCUGGUACCUCAGGGUUUCAUGUAGCCUUCCGAACCCUGACAAAUUUGACCCCAAAUUGUACAAUUCAAUGUGAUCAUAGGAAUACCCCUGUCUCACCUGUCUGUAUAAUUAACAUUAUUGUCACAUUGCUCUUAUUGUUAGAAAUGAUUACAUAUUAUUCAACGAGAA